AAUCAAGGCAAGGCAAGUUUAUUUAUUUCUGCAGAGGAGCUGACAGGAAAUGAUGACUACAUUGAGCUGUCCUUCAGUGCCCGAAAACUGGACGACAAAGUGAGACUUUUCACCAAAUCUGACCCUUUUCUGGACAUUUACCGAAUCAAUGACGACGCUACACUGCAGCUGGUCUACCGCACCGAGACGGUGAUGAAUAAUCUGAACCCGAUCUGGAAGACUUUCAAGGUUUCUCUCAACUGUCUGUGUAGCGGAGACCAUCACCGCAAACUACAGUGCACGGUCUGGGAUUGGGACUCGAACGGGAAACACGAUUACAUUGGAGAGUUCGAGGCCACGUUCAACGAGAUGAGAACUGCCAGCGAGGGCCGACAGGUGCAGUGGCCUUGUAUCAACCACAAAUAUAAACUCAAGAAGAAAAACUACAAGAACUCAGGAAUUGUCAUCCUCAGUCAGUGCAAGGUCAUUAAAAUGCACUCGUUUCUGGACUACAUCAUGGGAGGCUGCCAGAUUCAGUUCACGGUGGCAAUAGACUUCACAGCCUCAAACGGAGACCCUCGAAACAGCUGCUCACUUCACUACAUCCACCCAUUUCAGCCCAACGAGUAUCUGAAGGCUCUAGUGUCUGUGGGAGAAAUCUGUCAGGACUAUGACAGUGACAAAAUGUUCCCCGCCUUUGGAUUUGGAGCCAAGAUCCCCCCAGACUACAAGGUCUCUCACGACUUUCCGCUGAACUUUAAUGAGGAGAACCCAGAGUGUGCCGGUAUCCAGAGUGUGGUCCAGGCGUAUCAGUCCAUUUUGCCCAAACUGCAGCUGUACGGCCCCACCAACGUCUCCCCCAUCAUCCAGAAGGUGGCACUCACAGCUUCUCAGGAGCAGCACACCAAGGAGGCCAUGCAAUACUUUAUCCUCCUGGUGUUGACUGAUGGCGUGGUCACAGACAUGUCAGACACGCGUGAGGCCAUUGUCCAGGCAGCGCACCUUCCGAUGUCUGUAAUCAUCGUAGGCGUCGGCUCUGCAGACUUCAGUGACAUGCAGCUCCUCCUGCGCUCCACCAGGGGGCAAUCUGUGUGCAGGGACAUCGUCCAAUUUGUGCCCUUCAGGAACUUCAAACACGCUUCUCCGGCGGCCCUGGCGAAGUCGGUUUUGGCCGAAAUUCCGAAUCAAAUCAUGGAGUAUUACAACAGCCGAGGAAUCAAACCCAAAACCCACAGGUCCACCAGGCCCUUCUAGACCAAGCCCAGGACUAAACCAAG